AUGACUUCGCUUGAACCAUUGCCGCUGCCAGAGGGCCUGGAAGAAUCAUACAUUGACUGCACAGACUCAUGCGGACUCGUGUUCCAUAUCAUCUCUGCUGGACAGAAGAACAAGCCACUGAUACUCUUGACCCAUGGAUUUCCAGAGAUUGCCUUUUCAUGGCGGAAAAUCAUGCCAGCUCUGGCAGCACAAGGAUACUAUGUUGUUGCACCGGAUCAACGAGGAUAUGGCAGAACCACUGGCUGGGACACACGGCCAUUCCAUGAAGUCGACUUGAACCAGUUUACCAUGACAAAUUUGGUCAGAGAUCUGGUGUGUCUGGUCUACGCACUGGGCUACAAAGAAGUUCAUUGCCAUAUUGGACACGACUUUGGUGCUGUUUCAAGUGCCAUGGCACCUCUUAUGCGACCUGACAUGUUCAAAAGCUGCAUUCAGAUGUCGCAUCCUCACCAUGCACCGCCGACUCCAUCUUUCGAAGUCCAGGCCUCAGCAGAACCUAUACCAAAUCCUGGAUCAGGCUCAAAACCAAAAAUGGACAUUCAAGCAGAACUUGCUAAACUCGAUCCUCCUAGAAAACACUACAAAUGGUACAACUCGACAUCAAGCGCUUCGAAAGACUGGGAGACAGCAUCGCAGGGACUGCAUGAUUUUCUUCGAGGGUACUUCCACGUCAAAUCAGCCGACUGGCCACACAAUGAACCAAAGCCAUUAAAGGCAUGGUCAGCCGCCGAACUGGAACAGAUGCCUCACUACUACAUCAUGCCAAGAGAUUGUAGCAUGCCAAAGACGAUAUCCGACAUGAUGACAAGUGAAGAUGGCUCUGCGACCAGAGGCUGGCUGCCUGAUUCGGAACUGGCCGUGUAUGUGAACGAGUGGCAGCGCGUAGGAUUCCAAGGUGGACUGAACUGGUAUCGAGCGCAGACCAGUUCGUCACAGAUUCAAAAGGCAGACAUGUUGUUGUUUGCAGGAAAGAAGAUCGAGGUGCCUUGUGCAUUCAUAAGUGGUGAACAGGACUGGGGUAACUACCAGCAGCCUGGAGCGCUUGACGGCUACAAAAAUAGUUGCUCAGACUUUCGAGGGGUCACGUUCAUUCCACAUGCGGGGCACUGGGUGCAGCAAGAGCAGGCCGAGAAAGUGAUUGAGGCGGUGAGCAAGUUCCUCGAUGCACUCUCUGCGUAG